AUGGCCACUUCGCAAGUUUCAUCAAUUGCCAAUAGCAAGACCAAGCCCGCCAAUGGAGUGUCUGACAGAUCAUGGCACUUUGGAGACGGAGCAACUGCGACGACAUCUGAGAAGAAGUGCAUAGAGAUCGAUCCAUAUGGGCUAGGAAGAACCAUUGCGGCAAACUACAAGCUCAUGAUUUCGGGCUUUGUGCCACGGCCAAUUUCCCUCCUCAGCACACAGUCUAAAGAUGGCACGUCGUCAAAUCUGGCACCGUUCAGCUACUCUCAGAUGGUGAACGUAGACCCUCCAAUCUUCAUAGUAGGGUUUACCACACCAGACAGUGGUGGCCACAAGGAUAGCCUCCGCAAUUUGCUUGAAAGUGGGGAGUGUGUCAUCAAUAUUGUGUCCGAGAACUUUGUCGAAGCCGCGAAUGCUUGUUCGCUCGACGCCCCCUAUGGCAAAUCUGAAUGGGCAUGGUCUGGGUUAACCAAAGCAGCCAGCACAACCGUGGGACCCUCCCGCGUGAAGGAGUCCAUCUUUUCAAUCGAAGGGAAACUGUCCCGAACUGUGGACUUUGACAGCCGCAUAACCCCCGGGAGCACCAGCGGCACAAUGGCCAUCAUCGAAGGUACUCGAUUUUGGGUCCGAGAAGACGCCCUGGAUGAGCGCAACUGCAUUGAUCUAGACGUUCUAAAGCCUAUCAGUCGACUCGGUGGCAUAACAUACGGAAAGACAGUCGUCGCUCGCACGAUUUCUCGGCCGAGAUGGGAGGAGGCCCAA